CUUUGAAAUUAAAUAAAACUGGAACAAACCAAAAAUCACUUCCCUUUCCUAUUCAUCUUCCUCUUUCUUCUCAUUUCAUUCGGUUCCCAAAAUGAGCUUUUGGGGUUAGGGUUUCUUUCCACUACAAUCAUGUCUAUUUUUAAAUCAAACCACUGAUCACCAUCCCUUUCAGACACAAACAAAAAACCCCAAUCCCCCCCUCCCCACCACGAAAAAUGUCAACAUCAGCAGCAGCUUUCAGGCUGAUCUGUCUCCUCCACUCGGUGAUCGCCUUAUCAAGCGGCGCACUCAUGAUGUUCUACAUGAAAGAAAUGUACACAUUCACCCACGGGAUCGAGACGGCCACCAAGCUCUUGGGAUCCACUCCACACGAUCAGCUCUUGAUCCGGACCUCCGAUUCCUUCGCGGGUCUGCUAUUGUUCGCCGUGGGGUUCUUGCUUUUCAUGGUCUCAUUUGUUAAAGACAGAGAGUUCCAAUCAUUCUUCGCCAAAGGGUGCACGGUUUUGCAUGUAUCGGUGGCGAUGUGGAGGUUCUGGUUCGAGAGAAGAGUAGAGGAUUUGGCUUGGGAUUGGCUUCGACAGACGGUUGGUGACAUAUUGUUGGCUUUUUCUUGGGUAUUCUUUUUGGUUUACUCUUGGAGAGAAAAGUAUGAUUAGAUUUCAAUUUGUUUUUGUUUGCUGCUUGGGUAGUUAUGGUGUAUAUUUUUGUGAAGUUGAUAAAUUUGGGUUGUUUUGAUUCGAAAUUCAGUGUAAGAUGAUUGGGUAUGAAUCAGAAUUUGAAAAAGUGAUUUAUUUA